UAAUUCACUGUUUUCAUUGCUUGUCCUUUAAAAAUUUAGAGUCUGUAAUCGUACUUAUUAAGUAAUCACAGAGUUAUCACUUUUAUUGAUUUAGUUUUAAUUUAAUUUGUUGUUUUAGUGGAAUAAUUAAUUGUUAAAGAUGCCAAGUGAUGAUCCAACGUUAGCGGUCGAUAUAAGUGAUGCCUUGUCUGAAAAAGAAAAGGUCAAGUUUACCGUUCACACAAAGACCAACUUGCCUGGUUUUGACAAGCCAGAAUUUUCUGUUGUUCGUCUCCAUGAAGAAUUUAUCUGGUUGCAUGAUACAUUAGCUCAAGAUGAUGAAUAUUGUGGAUUCAUUAUACCUCCACCACCACCUCGUCCGGACUUUGAUGCUUCUAGAGAAAAGCUUCAAAAACUUGGAGAGGGUGAAGGAACCAUGACAAAAGAAGAAUUUAAUAAAACUAAACAAGAAUUGGAAGCUGAGUAUUUAGCUACAUUUAAAAAAACAGUUGCCAUGCAUGAAGUAUUUCUUCAACGACUGGCUGCUCAUCCGAAGUUUAAGAAUGACGUUAAUUUCCGAAUUUUUCUUGGUUAUAAUGACGAUUUAAGUGUUCGUGGUAAAAAUAAGAAGGAAAAACUUGUAGAUUUACUUUCAAAGUAUGGCAAAUCCGCAGACGAUUUGGUUUUGAGCAAUACUCAGAAAGAUAUUGACGAAUUUUUUGAACAUCAAAAAGUAUUUUUGAUAGAGUACCACAAACACAUUAAAGAUUGCACCAGUAGAGCUGAUAAAAUGACUAGAUCUCAUAAAAAUGUGGCUAGUAGUUAUAGUCGAAUCGGUAGUGAUUUAAUUGGCCUUUCAACAGUAGAUUCUAACAAAUUGGAAAGAUAUUACGCUAAAAAUGCAGACUGUUUUGAAAAGGCAAGAAAAUCUGAGGAGCGGAUUGCCUCUGAUGAAGAUCUUAAACUUUCAGAUACAUUAAGAUACUGGAUGAGGGAAACUGCAGCAGCAAAGGACUUAUUAUAUCGUAGAUUACGAUCCCUUGCUAAUUAUGAAUCAGCUAAUAAAAAUCUUGAUAAAGCUCGCUUGAGGAAUCGAGAUGUUGCUCUGGCAGAAGAUGCGCAACAAAAAGCUGGCGAAAAGUUUGAAUCUAUAUCUAAACUUGCAAAACAAGAAUUACAAGAUUUCAAUUCCCGUCGUAUUCUAUUCUUCAGGAAAAAUUUUGUUGAUUUAGUCGAAUUGGAAUUAAAGCAUGCAAAGGCUCAAGUUCAACUUUACAAAAAUUGUAUCGCCUCAUUAAAAGAAGAGCUACUCGACUAGAACUGGUUAAAAGUUUAAUUGGUCAAUAUCUAGAUAUAUCGUUGUUACCGAAUGUUUAAAGACAUAAUCAACUCAAACUCCAAUAGGCACCAAUCAUCCAAAGUGUUGCUUUAAGCCAACGAUGUAACUUCACCAACCUUCAAUUUUACAUCAAUCUCGGUCACAUUGUCAUCUUCAAAUAGACAGAAAUACUUUUCAAAUCCAUCUUCAAAAAUUGUUAUCUAUUACGUUCCUGUAAUCUUGAAUCCUGUUGCUCUAUUCAAAUGCUGUCAUCAUUGGACAACUUAUUCUAUCAGCUUUCCUCGCUUUUCUUUCUCCUAACCUCCUGCUUUACACAUCUUUCCAGCAUCUUUCCAAGAAAAUGCAAAAUUGUUACCAAACCUAAAGUAGAGAGACUAACUGCAUCAGAGCAGCUUAAAAGAAACAACUAAGCAAAUCCUUUUUUUGGUAUAUUUCAAGUUUUAUACGUAUACAUAUAUACAUACUAAAUGUGUGUAUGAAUUGAAAGUGAUAAAUUUUGCUAUUUCUGAGUCUAUUUUGACAAAACUUUUUCUAGGUUUCAACUUAUACAUAUAUAUAUAUAAAUAUAUAUAAAUAUAAAACAAAGCAAAAUACAUAACUGUUUCGUUAUGAUACAAAAGCAGAUUCCAGUUGCAAAGAAAUGUUAACCACUCAUUGUUAACGUUUGUUUGUUUUCGUUCCUCAUAAAUAGUGUCACAAAAAGUUAACUAAAUUCCCAGACUUUCUCCUCUUUUACCUCCUUAACCUGACCUUAAACCCGUGCUCUUUAACCAAAAACUUUUGUAUCAAAUGUUUAAACCUGAAAGAAGCACCUUAAUGAAACUGUUAAUUUCCAUUAUUCUGAUAUUUAAAAACUCAAACAGUAUUCUGUUGAUCUGUAAUAACUCAUCUUUUCCAGUCCAACUUAAGCGCAACCAUGUGAAAGUCAACGAAAUUGAAACCCACCGAAACACAUGAAGAAAGAAUGGAACCAUCGAACAAGUCGUAAAGUGCUUAAAAUCGUUAAUACUGUUGAAGGAAUAAUCAAUGGAUCCAUCUUUAUUUAUCAUUACACUUGAAACUCUUGUUAUUAAUGUGGUGAAUGUUAGUAAAACGCAGUAAACUGUUGAUACUGUAUCAAUGAUUGAAAAAUCCCGCAAACAA